UGAAUGGAAACCUCCCCAAAUGUAACCCUUCACCAUGCAAUGGCUCAUAAUUGGCAAGCUAUUCAAAACGGUUCGUGCGAGGUUUUUUUAGCAUUUGAUUUAACAUUUGGGUCAGUCAAGCGAAAUGAAUAAAUUUCUCGUCUUGAACUGCUGGGAUUCCAAUCCCAGUAGCGGUAAGGAAGUAAAAAAAGGAAAAAGGAAAAAAGGCUUGCUAAUUCAUUUGCUCAAUUUGUGAUCAAAAAUGAAAUUCACGAUUCUUAAAAAAAAAUAAUUUUAAAAGUCAACUGUCACCCAUGAGGGCUCUUUCCAUUUUCGAUGAGAUCGCCACUUUUUUAAUGUUUUAGGACUCUCUCAUUGCGUGACCGAAGGAGUAUCUUACGAAGGUUAUGAAAUAUUCGAGCACCACGAUUCCUCGAUGGACAUGUGUUUUGACUCGUGCCAACAGAUUUUGGAAUGUGAUCACGUCAUAUAUAACUCUGACGCAAGGACUUGCCUUGGAAAAAGUAGAAAAUCUGGGGACUUUUCCACCAAUAACUCCAACACUUACACAAUAUCCAAAAUGUGUGUUCCAGGUUGCUCAAUUGAUGGCACAGAUUUCCUCAGCGAUGAUAUUGAUGUGCAGCGUGACAUAAUCAGUCUCAUGGAAUGUCAAUAUCACUGUCAAGAACACCCCGAUUGUAUUGGUAGUGUUUGGGCCCUACCAUGGAAUGUGGAUGAGGCCCACGCCUGUCGUUUAAAGCGCGCAAUGCCUUCGAGCAAAAGAGUUCGAAAUGAAGCCACCAUUGUCAUCCCCAAAUACUGCUUAGGACAGCUCAGACUGGAAGGAGAUUUUUACCAGUUUCAAAACAACCGGUUCAAAUUUAUCGUUGACAACAAAACGUUUGAGGAAGCAUAUUAUCAUUGCGAAGAUCUUGAAGGCAAUUUGGUAUCAUUGGAGACUCCGGAAAAAUAUGCUUUUAUUCGAUCUGCUAUAUUCCAACUGAACUUUUUCAAUUCAACAACGUUCUCGGGAAAUUAUCAGAUUGGUGCGUAGGUUGAAAUUACCCUCUCGAAAAUAGUACAUUUUUGGGACCAAUUCGUCUAAAUUGUGAUAUUUGAACGCUUGAAAGAGG